AUGCAAAUUAGGGUUUUCCAAAGUUCCUCAAUCCUGCUUUCUCGGUGUGUGUUCUCUCUCAAUUUUCUGAUAUCACAAAUAUAUUUCUACGGACAAUACAAAUUCCUCAAGCUUUCAGAUCAUUCUUAAUUUCGUCGAAGUUCCAAAAGAUCCAAUCUUUAGAGUUCUCUUAGAAUUCUACCGGUGAAUUUUCCGAAACAAUGCCUCCGAAAGCUGUAAAGAAGACGCCGACAGGAUCUGCAUCGAAAAGGGGCGGGCGGACAGCCCGAGGGACACCUAAAUCACAGGGUAAGCAGCCGGUAGGGGCGGCGGAUGAACGGGUAAAAGUUGAGGUUUCUGCGGUGGUGGAGGAGAAGAAGAAGGUGGAGGUCAAACAAGAAUUGAAAGCGGAGAAACCGGACUCCGGCCAAAAAGCUGAGCCUGAGAAACCGGUGAAAUCUGUGGACAACCGGGUUGUUGCUGAGAAGAAGGACGAUGUGAAAGAGUCGGUUGAUGAGUAUGAAAAAGGCGAACGAUUAGAUUUGGAGGAUAAUGAUCCUGAAUUUGAGCCCGAAGAGUAUGGUACUGUUGAUUAUGAUGAGAGAGGAAUUGAACAUGAGGAUGUUCAGGAAGAGGAUUAUGAAAUAGAGGAGGAUCCCCAAGAGGGAGAAGAUGGUGAAGAGGAGGAGGGUGAUAUGGUUGAAGAGGAAGAGGAAGUUGAAGAGCAUGAGGAAAUUGAGGGCGAGGAAGACCAUGAGCAUGCAUCAGGUGAGGAGCAUGCUGAGAUGGUUGACGCAGCUGAGGAUGCAGAACAUCACGAAGUUGCUAAAGAAAGACUUAAGAGGAAGGAAUUCGAAAUUUUUGUUGGUGGCUUGGACAAGGAUGCUAUUGAGGAUGACCUCAGGAAAAUUUUCAGUCAAGUUGGUGAGGUAACAGAAGUGAGACUCUUGAUGAAUCCUCAGACAAAGAAGAACAAAGGAUUUGCAUUCCUGCGUUUUGCAACAGUGGAACAAGCUAAACGAGCUUGUAUUGAGCUGAAAAAUCCAGUGGUGAAUGGCAAAAAAUGUGGUGUUUCCCCCAGUCAAGACAGUGAUACCCUUUUCUUGGGCAACAUAUGCAAAUCUUGGACAAAAGAAGCUUUAAAAGAGAAGUUGAAGCAUUAUGGCAUUGAUAAUGUUGAGGAUUUGACAUUGGUUGAAGACACUAAUAAUGAAGGAAUGAAUCGGGGCUUUGCUUUUUUGGAGUUCCCGUCACGCUCAGAGGCCAUGGAUGCUUUCAAACGUCUACAGAAGAGAGAUAUUGUGUUUGGAGUUGAUAGGCCUGCAAAGGUUUCUUUUGCAGAUUCAUUCAUUGACCCUGGAGAUGAAAUUAUGGCACAGGUUAAAACAAUUUUUAUUGAUGGUCUUUCUGCAUCUUGGGAUGAGGAUCGUGUGCGAGAUUUACUUAAACAAUAUGGCAAGAUUGAAAAAAUUGAGCUUGCCCGCAAUAUGCCUUCAGCCAAGAGAAAGGAUUUUGGAUUUGUGUCCUUUGACAGUCAUGAUGCUGCAGUUAUUUGUGUCAAAAGCAUUAAUAAUGAAGAGUUGGGGGAAGGAGAUAAGAAGGUUAAAGUUAGGGCCAGAUUAUCACGACCACUUCAGAGGGGAAGAGGGAGAUAUGGUGCACGUGAUCUGCGACCUCGACGUGGGCUGAUGCGCGGUCCCCCUGCUCCUUGGGGUCGUCCAGUCCCUCGCAGACUCCCUGUUCGUGGAUCUAGAGUUGGUACACGUGUUCCUCCCCCUGUUGAUCGUAGUUUUAAACGACCUGUCGCAGUGAGGGAUAGGCGACCAGUUAUGGCCCCUAGGGGCAGACCUAUGGCUCAACUAUCCAGCAGGUCCUAUGACAGGAGACCACCUGUUCCCUCAUAUUCAAAGAGUAACUUGAAGAGGGAGUAUGCUCGAGAUGAGGAAAUUCCUCCUCCUAGAAGCAGAGCUGCAGUGGAUUAUCCUUCUAGGUUUCCUUCUGACAGACGUGUGUCCUACAGGGAUGACUAUUCCUCUCGUAGCUCGGGAUACUCUGAUUUUCCUAGAGGUACUGCUCGCACAACGACAAGGAGAGCUUAUGUUGAUGAUGAAUAUGAACAGCGGUUUGAAAGGCCGCCUCCUGCAUAUCGUGAGGGGCGAGGUAGGGAAUAUGACUCCAUGUCGGGCUCAAAACGUCCAUACAGUGCAAUGGAUGAUGUUCCUCCCCGCUAUGCUGAGGCAGGAGCCCGCCCUUCUCGUUCUCGUUUGGAUUAUGAACUUGGUGGUGCUAGUGGCACACAGUAUGCAGAUUACAGUGACAGCAGUAGGCUAGGGAGAUCAAAUGCUGGAUAUAGUGGCAGCCGGAGUUCCCUUUCUGGUCAAAAUUCUCAUGGAAUGUAUGGCAGUCGUCAAGGAGGCUAUGGUGGAGGCUCCUAUGAUGGCAGUGGUGUCAGUGGAAUGUAUUCAUCUGAUUAUGGUGGCGAUUACAUGUCUCGUAGCAGUGAUGUUGCUGGUAGCUCUUACUCAUCAGCCUAUUCCAGCCGUAGCAUGGGUGGUAGUGGUUAUAUGGGCAGUGGUGAUUCUGGAUCUUAUUACUAAGUUGUGGUGAAGAUGCAGUUAGGAAGUUUAUACUUAUGUUUCUUCUAAUAAGAGCUGCAGUUGAAGAUGAGGAGCAUUUAGUCACCACAAAUUUGUUUAUGGUACAGAUUUGAGUUGGACAAAAAGAUUGCAACUGGAUGUGUAUAUCUGGAAGCUCCCUAUGCAAUGGGAUCCCACCAGAAGAAGCUGGAGUUGAUCUGUUAUUUAGCCUCAUUGUAUAAAUAGGGUGAGAGUAUCUUAGUUUUAGGUUGUAAUGCUCCAGAGCAUGUUGGAUUCUACUAUGGGGAAAAGAGACAUCUGUCCUUUCCUGCUGUAAGGAAAAUUGAGUUUUUUAGAGUACACAGACGCUCUGGUGUUUAAACAUGCAAUAUUUUGUUAUGGUAUCUCCAUGUAAGAAUUUAUUGGAAUAAUAGAGGAGGUAUGCUGCAUGAUUAUUUCAAGAGCACAUGGUUCAUGAAA